UAACUAAUAAGCAUCAACAUAAUGAUCAACAUUCAUUAGUUGUAAUCGAUGAGAUUCAAAAUUUUGUUGAAGCACGAUGGAUAUCAGCUCCAAAAGCUAUAUAUCUUCGUGACCAACAAAGAAUUAAUUUUAAUGAAAAUAUUCCUCUAGAGAGAUUUAUUGAAGCUGACCAAAAUCAGCAAACAACUCUUACCAAAUACUUCAAAAUGAAUGCACAGGACCCAGAUGU